AUGAAAAUGCUCAUAUGCGUUUUGGUUAUCCACUUCACCGACGGAAUCUGGUCCUCUGUUUCCUACCUUCGAGCUAAUAUGCUGGAUUCCGUGAAGACAUGUAUUCCGGCGCUUAUUUAUCUAGUGCAGAACCGUCUACUGGUCUCUGCUCUAGAAUGUUUGGAUGCUGCGACUUUUCAGGUGGCAUAUCAGCUGAAGUUGCUGACGACUGCCUUGUUCAGUGUGCUUAUCCUACGGAAAUCAAUUUCACUCAUGCAGUGGUUUGCCUUAAGCUUGCUAUUUAUCGGUGUAUCCUUUGUGGAACCACCAUCUCAACGUAAUUCUUCUGAGCCUUUGAAUCCUACCCUUGGUUUGGUGUAUGUCGUUUGCGCCGCCAUACUUUCCGGGUUUGCGUGCAUCUACUUUGAGCUGCUACUUAAAAACUCUACGAAGUCGCUCUGGCUGAGAAAUUUGGAAUUGGCCAGCGUUUCGCUCAUCGUUGGGCUCAUUGCACAGACCUAUGCUGAGGGAGAAUCGAUACGAAAGCAUGGAUUCUUUUACGCAUUCGAUUGGCUCGUAUGGCUAAUCAUACUUCUGCAUUCAGCCGGCGGUCUCAUUGUGGCUCUGGUCGUUAAAUAUGCUAAUAAUAUGCUAAAG